AAGAUCUUGAGCAUAAUGUCCGAUAACAUGUCGAACAAUGAUACUAUGAUAUCCGAGUUAGUGAACAAUGUUGCACACUUCAAGGGCAAGAACUCACAGACCCAUUGCUUCCUCCAUGUUGUAAACCUCAUUGUGAAGUCACUAAUACGUCAGUUCGACCCACCAAAAUGA